CAUUGGAGAGGUGCUGGGUCAAUGCCACGCCGUUCGAUCACAUUUUAUGAGUUCACCGUUCCUUCGGCGUCUAUCGGAGUGAUCUUCAAGGCUCAUCCCGUUCUCAACUUCUAUUUAUACUGUCUACAAGGGGGGUCCUCCCUCUGUUUGACUCUCCAUAGCACAAUGAGCAACAAAGAACGCAAACGGACUCGCGGCGAGAUUGCCUGUGCGGAGUGUCGCAGGUUAAAGGCACGAUGCGACAAGCAGAUACCAUGUUCAACAUGCAUCAAGAGGGGGUGUAGCAUGCUUUGUCCAAAUGGCACCAUGCCUCCAGGUGAAGGCAGUAGGUUCGUUGGGAUUGCCGAAGACUACCUCCGCCGCAAGACCGCCAAGUUGGAGGAGCGGAUGCGGUCGUUGGAAGACGCGCUCGCCAUCAUACAAGGCAACACCACCAGCGAGCCGCACCCCCUGCUGCAGCAACGAUUAUCCCCCGAUCCGCUGGACCCCGAGGAGAGACCGUCAAGCCGGGGUGAAUCGGACGAAUACAACAAAUAUGGACUCAUCGGCGCGCUGGGGCAGCUGCAUUUUGAGGGUGACAACCAGAGCGGGCACUCACGGUUUUUUGGUGCGUCGGGAGGAUCCGAGACGCUGCUCCUGCAGGCCAAGGAGUUCAUGAUAGAGUCGGGUUCCGAGUCGCCCCCGAUCCUCCGCGAGGCCGACCUCUCCUAUCUCCCCCGAGAAAUUCUCAUGUUCUCCCAAUCAUUUCCGUUUACGCCUAUGGGCAUACCUAUCGGCCCCGUGCAAACGAUGAUCGAAUCCCAGUUACCCAGCAUCGAGCGCGCUAGAGAUCUAUGUGGAAUCUACCUGACGUCUAUGUCGUGGAUGGCACACAUCGUCUCCAUGCAACACAUGCACCGAGAGGUAAUCCCCGCCGUCUACAAGCUCCCAGGGUCAUCAAAUAUCUCAGAGUACGGCCCUCACGAGCUUGCGUUGCUGCUGAUCGUCAUGGCUAUCGGGGCCCUUUGUGACCCCAACCUGCCGCCGUACAACUCGGAGGCCCAGCAUUACCAUUGUCUCGCCCGUGCCGCUAUAUGCCUACAACCCAUCCUCGGCGAGCGUUCUUUAACGACGGUGAAGGCGCUUCAUCUAAAGAGUAUCUACAACGGGAUGAGUGGGAAGGAGAGCAAUCUCGAGAAAUGCUACGCGCUGCUGAACCUCUCAGGGCAGACCGCCUUGCAGAUUGGUUUUCACAAGGACCCUGAGCGAUGGGGUUUUACAGGCAGGGAAGCGUACGACCGUCGCGCAUAUUUCUGGAAUCUCUUCGCAGGGACCCUGUGGCAGAGCUUGGUCACUGGUCGGCCACCGGUCAUAAUGCCUUCGGUAGUGGACUGCCGCCCACCCACCAUCGAGGAGGAGAUGUUAUUCCAACGGAACGAAAUACCGCUAGGCUUCGGUAGUUGGAGUUUCAGUUACACGUCGGAGUGUCUCGUUCCAGUUGUCGAAGCUACUCAAGCGGUGAAGGCACCUCCAUACCAGAGCAUCCAAGAACUUGACCAUCGGAUCCGACAAUUCGCUAUACCUCAGGUGGGAAACGGGAUUGGCGACGAGCAGGUAGCGAAGGAAAUGCAGAACUUUGCUAGAUCACACUACCGAGAGCUCACAUUGAUGUUCCUCCACAGGGGCUUUUUCGCCCAGGCCAUGACAGAUUAUCCGUCUGAUCCGCAGCGAAGUCCAGUGGUCCAGUCAUUCAUUGCAGCGUACCAGAGCGCGUGCUCCGUCCUCGCUUCAACAAUAGUCACGUUCUCACAGAACCCUACCCUGCUGGCUAGGAUAUGGCGACCGUGGUCAUUCGCUUUCUCUGCAGCUGUUAUAAUUGGCACAGUGGCAAUUCGGGCCCUGAGUGUCGAGCCAGAACCCUUCGAAGAACUCGAGAAGGCGUGUCAGUUAUUCCGCAAGGCCUCGCAGCACAAUUGCAGCAGGGCACACAAGGCGCUCCCCGUUCUCCUCCAACUCCGCCAGAAGGCAGUUCAGGCCCGAGAGGAUCGACUGGGUCCGACGGCCCGGCGGCCCGAGGGAUACGACGAGGAAGGUCGUCGCUAGCAACUGGGUCAGGAGGUGCAUUUGCUGGGUCAAGUGCUAUGGGACUCCCGGGACCCGGUAGCCAUGGUGGUAUUCUCGGCGCGCAUACUGAGAGCUACGAUGCCUACUCGAGGAGUACGUCGGCUGCUGGAUCUUCGUCUCACCCGCACGCACUCCACCAUGGGCAUGAACAUGGUACUCUGCAUAACCCGGACUCAACAUCGGGCCUUUC